AUGGCCCUCAAGGUCCUCCCCGCCUCCGCCCCCGACGUCCACCGCUCCGUCGCCAUCGAGAAGCGCGCCUACGGCCCCAACCGCAGCAGCGUCGCCCUCUUCCCCGGCCCCUUUCCCGAACCGGCCCCCGGCGUGAGCCCCGACGCCGCCCGCGUCGACACCCUCCUCACGCAGUUGCGCGAGGACCCCGCCGCCUGCCGCUGGUUCAAGGUCGUCGACCCCGACAUCCCUCCCGCUGCCGCUGGCGAAGUGGGCAGCGACGGUGACGGAAGCAGCGGCGCCGACGGCGAAAUGGUCGCCUUCGCCAUGUGCUACUUCUGGACUACGCCCCGCGACUCGCUGCCCCCGCGGCCCGCCUGGGGGCCCGGCACGAACCCCGAGGCGUGCGAGCUCUUCUUUGGGAGGUUGCGCGACGAGUGGCUCGCCCGAAUGGCUGGCAAGCCGCAUGCAUAUCUCAAGCUCCUGCACACGGACCCCGACCACCAGCGCCGGGGCGCCGGCUCCAUGCUUCUCCAGCAUCUCGCUGCCGAGGCCGACCGCCUCGGGCUCCCCACGUACCUCGAGGCCAGCGAGGAGGGCGCCCCGCUGUACGAGAAGAACGGUUUUCGCCGCGUCGCCACCAUCAUCACAGACCUGUCCCGGUGGAACGGGCCCGUCGACGCAGAAACCGUCUUGAUGUUGAGACCAGCAUCAGAGUAG